AUGGAGGUGGAGUCGGAUGGUGUGUGCGCUGAGGGCUGUGAGCUCGAUGAGUUCAUUUACGAUGACGAUGAACUCAUGGAGAGCGCAAUUGCUUCUCCUCAGUCAAAGGGCUUGAUCCCUCGAUAUCAUUCACCGGAGUCGCUGGACCGACGAAUCGAUGAACUCAUUCGCGAGACCGCAGCACUCAUGGGUUUGAACGAAGCGUUCGUGGGAAUUUUGUUGCGCAAGUUCGACUGGAGAAGCGAUGCCUUGAUUCAGGAAUGGUUCAACGACAGCGCUGCAGUCUUGCGGAAGGGCAGACUUCCACCGGUCGUUCUCGAGCAGGACAGGGAAGACGCACCUGGUGCGGCGGAGUGUGAAUCUGCCCCAGCGGAGCCCGAAGCAUCGGACAGCUCGCUGAAGACGCCUUGCACUUCCGUGGACGUUUCAAAGAAGGAGGAGGCUGGUGACAUGUUUGAAUGCCCCGUCACUGCAUGUGUCGUCCCGCUGACUGAAACGUUUGCCCUCAAAUGCAGCCAUCGAUACUCGAAUGCCGCGUGGAUAGGCUAUUUAGACGCCUUGGUCACAGAAGGCCCGCAACGCGCCCUGGAUGCUCGGUGCCCUUUUCCUGGUUGCUUGGAGCUUGUAACAAUGGAUGUGUGGAACCGAUUUCGGGGCCCGUCAGCGGUCGCUCGAUUGCGCAUGUUCGCUCGUGAGCAGUUUGUUGGGAAGCAUCUCGCUGUGGCGUGGUGUCCAUCUCCAAUGUGCCAGCAAGCGGUGGAGCUCGUUCCAGCAGGAGUAAGCUGCUCGGAUAGUGACUCCUUCUGCAACUUCUCAGCAGCCGAAGUGGCACUCGUCGCAGAUGUAACCUGUAGCUGCGGCGCUCGAUUCUGCGUAAUGUGUGGGGAAGAGCCACACCGUCCGAUUUCUUGUCGCGUCAUCGCAGCAUGGAGGCGGAAGAACGUGCGAGAGGCUGAUAGCGUGACAUGGAUAUCUUGCAAUACACAGCCAUGUCCCAAGUGCCGCCGUCCCAUCCAAAAAGAUAAGGGAUGUAUGCACAUGCGGUGCUACUGCCAGCACGAAUUCUGCUGGCUCUGUCUUGGCGACUGGAAGCAGCAUUCGACCCGGAGUUUUUACCGCUGCAAUGUGUAUGAGCAACGCGGUGGGGAAGCUAAGGAGGGCAGCGGCAGUGGGGACGCGCAACACUCGCUUGAGCGGUAUGCGCAUUUUUUUGAACGAUACAGAGCACACAACCAUGGGCAACAAGUGGCUGCGCGCAUGCAGUUAAGCCAACUAAAAAGGUGUCGGGAAGUAGCUGCCGCUGCCGCAGGGCUAUCCCCAACAUGUGCUGCAGUGCAGCCAGCAGCAGAUAGCAAGGGGGACAAAGCACCCCAUAGCUGUGCAUCGGAAAGCAGCAGCCCGAGCAGGCCAGGGGAGCGAGGUGGCAUGACAAAGUCUCGCAACAGAGACGCCAGAUAUUCGUUAGGGUUUGGAGAAGAUUUCGAUUGGGACUUCUUGGAGAAGGGGUGGCUGCAGGUAGUCGAGUGUCGGCGAAUGCUGAAGUGGUCGUACGCAUUUGCGUUUUUUGCUGAAUUUCCAGAGAGUCGACAGAAACACCUCUUUGAGUUCCAUCAAGGGCAACUCGAACGUAGCCUCGAUUUGCUGCAGGAAAAGCUAGAAACCUUUGAGCCCAAGGCGUAUGUUGACAGGGAUCCUGCCGAUCUCAUCACAUUCAAGAUGCAGUUGCUCGACCUAACUGCAAUCGUCCGAGGAUUCUUCGCAAAAAUUUGCGAUGUUUUCGAAGACGAAUUUGUGGCACACGCAGUGCACGUCAACGAGAGAGAAACAGGCUGA